CGCCACGUUCAGCCUUCCAUCCGGUUCUCGUCCAUGCUCGGAAAGUCUCUGUGUCCGCCGCAGUUUCGGAAUUUAGCUUCUGCCAUCCAUGUCACCUCGUCUCAUCCGGUUACAACCAGCCUGUAUAUGCAUCCCUGUGUGGGCAUACGUACAUGUUCCCAUCCGUAGUUUCAUCAGCUGUCGGAACCGUCCGAGGAGGGGAGGGCGAUCCCAGGAAAAACCGGGCCCAUCUGGCCGCUCUGAACAGAGCAGAUCCAGAACGCCAGCCCCACGGCGUGCUGUUGAGGGUGACUACACUGUUAGGGGGUUCGCGGGCCUGUUUCUUCUGGAAAGCUGGAAGGUCCUCUUUCAUCACCCCGCACAGCGGCCUCGAGUGGUAGGAGGGCAGAGAUUUUCAUUCUGCUGAGGAAGAGCUGGAGGCGUAGGCCCGGUAACGUGUCUGGGGGCACGGGUGCAAUAACGUGGGCAGCGCUGAGCUUUCGUCCUCCCUGAGACGGGGGCUGACGCUUCUCUCCCAGCCUCACAGAGUCUCCACAGAGUCCCUCCGUUCCCGUUUGCCCGGAGUGUAAACACAGCAGACGGCAGCCCGAGUUUAUUGGCUGAUUUAUCAAGAGGGAGAAAGGCAGCUCCCAGCCUAGGACUUUAUAGGGGGUUGCAGGCUGGUUGUAAUUAGAUACCUAGCACUUAAUUUCUCCUUUUUUUCUUUUCCCUUACAAAGAGGGGGUAAAAGUAGGCACCGUUUAAUUAUUCGUAAUGCCCAUUGUUUGCAAUCCCCUUCCCCUCUCCUGUAGUUCUGAGCCAGGCCCCUGCGGUCAGGACUUAGGCCAGCGAAAUCUCAGCGGCUGGAGGACUGUGUGCUGCUUUCUUAGCACCAAACACACACCGAGGCCACGUUCUCCUCGACCUGCCACAGUGAUUGGACCUGGCGUGCCAGUGCCUGAAGGCCAUCGCCACGUGCCCCGUGCCACUCAUGGGGACAUUUCACUGUGAUGUGUCCUUUCUGUUCACAUUAACUCCCAGCUGAACCCCUGUCGGAGUCAGCCUUAGAGAUUGAUAAAUAAUACAAUAACUGUGUUUCUAGACACUAACGGAUACAAUUUACACUGAAGCAAAUGCCGUUUUCCUGUUGACCUCUAAACUGUGUUUCACCAGAAGUCCAUAACUUCCCAAUAUAGUGCUUUAUUAUGCUCAUGCUGUUAAUAACGGUGUUGGAUUAGAAUGACGUAGAGCCGUUUGAUUCUGGAUUACUUCCUGACUUCUUUAAGAUCGAGCCCCCCACAUUGGAUGUUAAUCAACACGAAGCAUCUGAGUCUGAGAAGCAUCUGCCCGGAGAGAUUGUAUUGUGAACUAGUUUUUGCUGCCACCCGUUGACAUUUAAUUAACGAUCUUCUAGUAACUGCACAGAGGUCAGUGUUUGACUCUGUCGGUGGCAAAAGGAGAAUUGGAACUGACCUUUAACGCCAUCGUGAGAUGCUCUUUGAGCCUGCCGUCCAGAAAAGUGGUAACGAAACUACCUCACUGGGAAUGUCAUCCUUACCAACGUCAGACGGACUCAGCCGUCCAGCCCCUUCUCCGGGACGGAGCCCCGAGGUCGGUAAUCCUACGAGUCUUGCUCGCUCCGUCUCCGCUCCAGCCUGCCCUCUCAAGCCCAGUGACCCUGACCGCAUCGGACCUGAAGCUCUAAAAGCUUUGAAGGCUUCCGCUGAAUUCCAGGUAACCUCUGAAAAGAGAGAACAUCUUCCUCCGCAGGAUCUUUCUGAUAGUGCUUCUUCAGCAGACAGCGCUCCGGCGAGCCGUGCUCCAGCCACGCCUCUGCUGAACUCACCCGAAGAAGCCGUUGCUGCGGAGAAUAUGGAGAAAUCUGCUGAAGGAAGCACCCAGGGCCUCAGAUCUCCUCCCCACACAGGACAGCAAGCUAGUUUGUCUGUCACGGCUGCCGGUGUGCAGGAACCACUGGGGGCUCCAGGUGAGAAGGGUUGGCAUCCGGAAAGUCAGAGCCCAAGUGAAGGGAACGGCCCUCCACAGCACCGAGAACCAGGGAGUGAGCGGCACGAGGUUGUACAGCAGGAUGCUCCGCGUGACCGAGAGCGGGGACACUGCUGUGACACAGACGACUCUGAACUUCCUGGGGAAGGGCAACAGAAUCAACCAACAAGUGUUGACUUGGAAGCUCCAGUGAAAGAAGACGGGCUGCAGGAGAAUGUGGACCUUCCAGGCACAGAGGAAGAUCCUCUCCCUGCAGGACGCUUGGGCCGCUCACCCUCAGAAACACUUAUGGAAGUAGAUACAGUUGAAGAGUCCCCAGGUGCCGUGCUUAACUCAGUGGAUGGUCAGAAUGCCGGUGUCAAGAGCAUCGGUGCAGCUGAUCUCACCUUAGAUAAUCCCCUGAUGGAAGUAGAAACAUCAAAAUGUAACCCUUCAUCUGAAAUUUUGAACAAUUCGAUCUGCACUCAGCAUUCACCGCUCCCGGACACUAACGUUGAAAUGUCUGGAACAAAUAAAGAAGAUGGGGGUUGCUCCCCGCCUGUCAGUCUCUGUGGCAGUUGUCAGCCCUCCGUGGGGUCAGCAGAGGAGCCGUGCUCUUCUCUAACAGCAGCCUUGAAGGAACUCCACGAACUCUUGGUUAUUAGUAGUAAACCAGCUUCAGAAAAUACUUCCAGGGAAGCUCUCUGUCAAUCAGAAAUGGUAACCGAGGGCCAACCAGGCAUUAAGGAACUCUCUGAGAGGUGGACCCAAAGUGAGCGUGUUCCGACCACCCAGCGUGACGCGCACCUGCAGGUCUCCUUUCGUCAGACCGUAUCUGUAUCGGUGAGGGCAGCAGCGUUAACAGACACUUCAAAUGGUGCUGGAGUAGAUGAUGCAGAAAACAUUCGUGUCAGGGAUCCAGGUGACGGCCUAGUAACUGAUAAGGAAAGUGUCCCUGAGUCUAGGGAAUCCGAAAACGAGAGCAGUUCUGCCGCUCUAGCCACAGCAAAAGCGUCUAAGCAAUUACAGUGCACCGUAGGUGUGGAAAUGUCACCCAGACUUUUAGCAGGCGAGGAGGGUGGUGUCAGUCUCGCUUCCGAGCAAACAAAGUCCUUGUCCAGUUUCACAUUGGUUGAAGAUUUGGGUCAGGGCGCACAGAAUCUGGUGAGAGACAGGCCCGAGACCGGACAAGAUGUCUGUCCUGAAGCUGGGGGGCCCCUGCUUGAGUUUGGACCGCCCACCAGCUGUCCAUUGUCCAGUCCCUCCAUUCUCCCACCACUGAUCUUUCCUGCUGCAGACAUUGACCGGAUUCUCCGGGCCGGCUUCACUUUGCAGGAGGCACUUGGGGCUUUGCAUCGAGUUGGUGGAAAUGCAGACCUUGCACUUCUUGUUUUGCUAGCGAAGAACAUUGUAGUUCCUACGUAACCAUGGAAAAGUGGGCUAGAUCAUACUCCAUUCCCCUAAAAGAAAAGCUAUAGACACACACACACAUGCACUUGCCACAUACACAGUAUAUGUAGAAACCUGCAAGCAGAAUGUUGAGCCAGAUUUUUUUUAAAAGAUUUUUUUCGGCCAAAGUAACUUAUCUCUUGUCUGAUGAAUUUGUCUAUUCUAUUUGUUAAAAUUUGGGCCUUUUAAAUGUAUUGGCAGUAUGUGCAUACAAAAGCUUUUUAUUAUCAUCAAGAUUAUGUAUUCUGGAAUAAAGUUGAUGGAUUUGUGUGUAGCAUACGAUUUUAGAAUGAGAGUGAGUGCUUUGAAAAGCAGCCAUGAGAAAGCCUGCCACCCCUGCGGCUCAGAGCACGUCACCUUCCCUCUUGGCUGUGGCUGUGCUGUGGGCUGGGUGUGGCUUGGUGGCUCGAUUGUCCAUUUACACGCCAGAUCUCAUGGUCUGCCGUUUGGAAUUACACUUAGUGCUCUGUGUAUUGGUGAUUCAUCAGUUAUAAGAGGAAAUUGAAGAAUAAUUGA